AAGGAAAAAACAAGGAAGAAGAAGGACUGUAAAAGGAAGAAAGUGCAGAGAAUCAACAUAUGGAGAUAUUGAAGCUUUUUGUGAUUGCAUUAAUGCCAAAUCUGAAAGUACUGUUGCUUACUGUUCUUGGUUCCCUCCUUGCCAUGAAUCGUUUCAACAUUCUCAGUGAAUCUGCUAUCAAAAACAUGAACACUAUGGUGUAUUUUGUGUUUUCUCCUGCUCUUGCUUGUAGCAGUCUGGCAAGUACCAUAACUCUAAGGAGUUUGAUUGCACUGUGGUUCAUGCCAUUCUGCAUUGUUCUUACAGUUGUUGUUGGAACAUCACUUGGAUGGUUACUAGUUAAGAUAACAAGAGUACCUUAUCAUCUCAGAGGCCUUGUGUUGGCAUGUUGUGCUGUAGGAAAUCUUGGAAAUUUGCCUCUAAUGGUGGUUGAAGCCAUUUGUAAGGAGAAAAGCAAUCCAUUUGGAGAUGAAAAUCUUUGUUACAAAAAUGGAAUGGCAUAUGCAUCACUCUCAUUAGCACUAGCAUCCAUCUUAGUGUGGUCUUUUGCAUACAACAUCGUACGGAUGUAUUCAACUAAGAACAUUUCCAAUGAAAAAGUUACUGAAAAUCCCACAUUUGCAUCAGAAAGUGAUGCAGAAACCCUAUCAAAAGUUUCCACACAAACAAUGGCCAUUGAAACUGAUGACAAUUCUGUCGAUCUACAUGAAAUUGAAACCUAUGUAGUGCAACAUGGGAAUAAAAAGAUUACUAUAUUCAAUAUUUUAGAGGAGAAGCUAAGAAAAUACGUAAAGAUGUUAUGUAAAUGGAGCAACUUGAAGAAACUUUUUCCUCCUACAUUGAUUGGAGCGCUGGUUGGUUUGCUAAUUGGAGUAGUUCCUCAAUUUAGACAUUUAUUAGUAGGUGGAAGUGCUCCUCUCUAUGUGAUUCAAGACUCUAUAAUUAUGAUAGGGAAUGCUUGCCUCCCAACUAGUACUAUGUUAGUAGGGGCCAAUCUUCUUGAAGGUUUGAAGGGAGAAAGAGUGAAGUUUUCAGUUCUGUUUGGCAUAAUUGUGGUUAGAAACAUUGCCUUGCCAGUUAUAGGAGUAGCCAUUGUUGAAGGUGCUGUUCAUUUUGGCAUCAUCCAUCAUGAUCCAUUGUAUCAGUUUGUUUUACUGCUUCAAUUUGCCCUUCCACCAGCAGUGGCUAUAAGUACAUCUACUCAAUUGUUUGAAAAUGGGAAGGGUGAAUGCUCAAUUAUUAUGCUUGCAACUUAUUCCUUUGCUGCAGUGUCCCUUACUCUUUGGUGCACAUUCUUCAUAUGGCUUGUAUUAUAAGAGACAAGAAAUAAUUCAACAAAUUGUACAACAACUCAUCCAAAAGGGGGAAAAAGAAAAUAAUUUGUUGUAUAAUUUGUUAUGUAUCAUCAUAUCUCUUAAUUCAAUUGGGCUCGUAUUUUGUGACAUGCUUGAUUGUCUAAAGAGAUGUAUGGAUAAGAGUCUAAAUUUGAUAUAAUAUAAUGACAUAUCAUGAGUGUUUUUAUCAGUGCCAAAUG